AUGUUGAGGCAAAAUCUUGUGCCUGAUGGGCAGCCUCUUGCUAUUAGAUGUUCACUGGAAAGGAGCUUGAGGAGUGGAGACUACAACUUAACGUGGUAUAAAGUCGGUAACCAGACAGCUGUGCCUAGAGACAAACUUUCUAGAAUCCAUCAGCAGAAGAAUUUAAUUUGGUUUCUUCCGGCAAUGUUAGAAGAUUCUGGAGAUUAUGAAUGUGUCAUAAGUAGGCUAAUUUAAUUAUGUUAUGUUAAUUGCAGGAAUUUGACAAGCUGCAGGAAAAUGUGUACAAAAGUAACAGUUUUUGAGAGGAUUGAUGGUUUAUGCUUAAAUGAAAAAUUUGCUGUAGAGGAAGUGAUAUUCACAUUACCAUCUGCGAAGGUUGUGUGUCCACACUUGGAUUAUUUCAGGAAUGAGAAGAAUAUUCAGCCUGUUCGUUGGUAUAAGGACUGCCAGCUGCUGGAAGGGGAAAGGUUUGCCUUCUCAAACAGUGAUCUUGUCAUUUUCAAUGUGACCGUAGAUGACCAGGGAAACUAUACGUGCGAAACAAUGUACACCCACAAUGGAAAACAAUAUAACAUUUCACGAGACAUCGCUCUGACUGUAGAAGUGAGCCCACCAAACAAACCCCCUGAAAUAUCUUAUCCAAGAAACAACUCCAUUGAAGUGGAACUUGGCUCACACGUUACAGUGGAUUGCAAUACAACAGGAGCUGAUGGGUAUGAGGUGUUUUGGACAGGCAACGGCGUGUAUAUUGACAUAUUUUAUGUGAGCAGAAUUUUUGCAAGUCCCUAUGCGGAGGAAACUUCUUAUGAUGGACGCCCUGUGUAUUCAGUGAAGCUGAUAAUUUCAGAGGUGAAUAGCGAAGAUUACGAACAACCGUUUGUCUGUCAAGCUUCAAAUGCCUUCGGGCAGGUUGCAUCUUAUAUUAUAUUAAAGCACAGAGUUCCUGAUGCACAAAGAUGGGUGACUGGUGGGCUUGUAUCUUUUUUAAUUUUAACAUUUAUUACACUAAUUAUCUACAAGUUUUUCAAGAUUGACUUGGUGCUGUGGUACCGUAAUUCCAUCUGUGCCUUUACAAGUAAGGAAGAUGGGAAAGUCUAUGAUGCAUACGUCCUGUAUGCAAGAAGCAGUGGAGACAGAAGUUUCUUUCGUCUGGAAACGUUUGUUCGUAGAAUACUCCCUGAUGUUUUAGAACAGCAGUGUGGAUAUAAUCUCUUUAUAUUAGGAAGGGAUGAUUUACCAGGAGAAGCUGUGGUCAGUGUUGCUGAUGAAACCCUAAAGCAAAGCAGAAGAUUGAUGAUUAUUUUGGGAUCGGAAGCAUCUAGUUGCUGCCUGCUAGAAGAUACCUCAGAACAACAGCUAGCCAUGUAUAAUGCUCUCAUCCGUGAUGGGAUUCGGGUGAUUCUUAUAGAAAUGGAUGAAGCACAGGACUACACAAGCAUGUCAGAAUCUUUCAGAUACAUUAAGCAAAAACAUGGAGCUAUCCAAUGGAAAGGGGACUUCUCUGAGAAGUCUUGUUCAGCAAAUACAAGCUUCUGGAAAAAAGUGCGUUAUCAGAUGCCAUCUAGGAAGAAGGUAUCUUACUCCGAAGUGUCUUUGUUGCCCUUUACUUCGAACAAUCCUGCAGCAAAGGGAAGUUAA